GUUUAAAACUCAUCAAAGUGCCCCUGGCACCCGCUUCGCUUCCCUACGUAGUAAAGGGUCCCAAAACAAAGUGGACUGAGCAUGUUUGGUACCGGCAGAUAUUUCCCUUCCGCUUUUACCCUUUUUUUUUUUCCUUCUCAUUUAAUGCGUUACGCCCCCAAUUUUGACUUUUAGCAUCGUGAGAGAGAGAAUGGGACUUGUGCGCUCGCUGGUGCGGUCCGUUGACUUCGGAUCCGAGCGCCAUGUCGCACCGCAAAGAAGAAGAUGACCUAGUCUCGCCGGUAUCCCCGGCCUCGGUCGUCUUUCCAAUUGACCAACCGGGCGUACCGAGCCGUGCAAGCAGUAUCGACUUGGUUCGCGAUGGGAGUCGUUUCCGGAUGCAGGAACCCCCACAGGAGCCUGUCUUCUUUCAAAUGCCUAGGCCGUCUGCGGUUUCGCGCAGGAUCAGCCCGGAAAUCUCGCCUAGGACGUCGUUCGAUAAUGGUCAACGACAACGACAAUCACCACCACAACAACACCAACAACAAUUUAACCAGUACAGAUCCCGGGUGGACAGUACUGCAGUAGCACAGCACUCCGAGAGUCGUGCACCAACCAACCUGGAUACUUACCAAUCUCAGCAGAACCAAAAUCAAUACCAGUAUGAGCAGUCUGCCGCAUAUGGAGACUACAAGCAACCCGCUCCGAUAACCCGAUCCGACUCAAUGGCCAGCACCAUCAGCCCUAAUGAGCCUCCCAGCAAGUGGGCCUACAUGAGCCAGGACGGUUGGUUCAUCGAGACGGCGUCAUUAGUGUUUAGCCUCUUGUGUGUCGUCGGCAUCUUGGUUAUCCUCAUCCUAAUCAAUGGGAAGAGGGUAGACGAGUGGCCAGUGGUACUGACACCCAACACUUUCGUUUCACUGCUGUCAACGCUUUCCAAGGCUGCAUUGCUCGUGCCGGUCGCCAACAGCAUCGGUCAACUCAAGUGGCUCCAUUUUGAAAAGGGAAGGCCCAGAAGACUCGUGGAUCUUGAGGUCUUCGACGGCGCCACCCGCGGGCCAGCCGGCGCCAUGUCCUUGCUGUGGAACAGCAGCACUCGAAGCUCACUUGCCGUCAUUGGUUCCGUGGUUACUAUUCUUGCUCUACUUGCCGAUCCUUUUUCUCAGCAGGCACUUGUCAUUACCAGCCGGUCAGGUGAGGCACCGCGUGGUACUGCUUUGUUUUCCAACGCUACAGUAUACGACUCGGGUGCCAGCGUUAAGGGCCAACAGACCACUGUCAACCCCGACGCUUCCAUGUAUGCAGCAGUCCUCAGUGGCGCUUUCAUUAUGACGCCAGCAAACUUGGGAUUUGUUUGCACUACCUCCAACUGCAACUGGCCGGGCAGCUACCCGUUCCUCGGCGUACGGUCCAGCUGCAGCAACGUGACUCACCUGACGGUCGAAAAUUGCACUACCCCUGGUAGUGAUGGUCAGUAUAAAUGCAGCUAUCAAACUCCAGACAACCUCACUAUCCAAACAAAGACCUUCUUGGACAAAGGGACCCUUCGAUCGACAGUGCUCAACGCGGUCAGCACCACUCAACUGAGCAGCCAAGACGCUCAACUUGCCCGUUACGCAGUUUGGAAGCGACAAACCGACCAGGACUCGCCCUGGGAGGUCACCGAGUGCACGCUGUCAUUCGCCGCCUACUACUAUGGCAACAUCUCCGUGAUUAAAAACAGCCUUCUUGUGAAGGCCUCGGUCGUCUACCCACUUCAGCGAUCUUCGGAAUCAGACUCCGACAACAUCCCAGGGAAAGCGCAGACUCUGUGGCGCUUCACGCCCAACAUGACCAACUCACUCGACGACGACCAGACCAUGGGAUUCGAAGCUGGUGGGAAGGUGUCGCGGGGCCCUGAAGAGUGGCGACAAAACCUUCAGCCCGUUGAGAUGAUGAUUGGCCUCGGAGACUUCUCGGAGGCCAGGGAGAUUCUCUCCCGCGAGGUCUUCACAGCCAACCUGGAGGAGCCACAGCCAGUCGACUCGUAUGACUCUAGCGCCCGUGGCGUUGCAAGGAGUGUGCUCGCCACCGACGACACGUCAAUGGUGUCCAGGCGAGUGGCGCGCAGCAUGACCGAGAGGCUCCGUCGCGGUGGAAACGGCACCUCCGCGGCAACAUCACCCUUUGUUCGUGGCGUCGCGAUGGAGAAGGCCGCCUUUUACAAGGUGUCCUGGGGUUUCUUUGUGUACCUGCCGUCAUUGAUCCUCAUCGCCACGAUCCUGCUCCUCAUCACCGUCUAUCAAGUCUCGCGGCACGAAGCGCGGGAGAGGAAGUCGGCAGGCCUGGAUGCGUCAACAAACAUGCCCAGGUACAAACACAGUUCCGUCGCACUCCUCCUGAACAAUGUUCAGGGAUACGAGGGAAGCAGCCGGGUCGAGGCUGCGAAGAGCACCCACGCGGGGAUGAAGACGUUGGCGAAGAAGGAAUGGGUUCUGAAGUGGAGGGACGGUUUUGUCCGCGCUGGAGUUCCCGAAACGUAAAGCGGGGGUGUUUUAGUUUAGACUGAUAUGAUGGAAUGUCGAGGUUGUUGGUUGUGUCUAGUGCUAAGUUUGGAUACGUAAUCUAUCAGGGGUUGGACAUGUUGGUUAUAAAGUGACUGCGUCGGGUACCUGGUUACGAAGUACCUGGUUAGCUAACAUGUGACCCAAUCUCAUGUGUUGUGCUGCGAAUAUGGUGGUCUCCAUGCAUACCUGGUGAAGUCAAGCCUGCAUCUGUUUAUUGUGGGAGGAGGAUUUAACCGUCGG